AUGGAGGGCGACGGCCGACGAGAUGUUGGCUGGCUGGUCGCGCGGCGUCGUGGAACUGAUCGGCGGUGGUCGCGACGGGACGGAGUUGAGGGCGGAGGCUUCCUGGGUCGCGACGGGACGGAGUGGAGGCUUGCAGGUUGCAGCUGGGUCGCGACGUCACGUCGCAUAGAGGAGGGAGGCGACCAGCAACGAGAGGAGGUCGAUCGCCGUCGCCGUCGCGAUGGUCCGAGACUCCGAUGGGAGGCGGCAGUUCACUUUACUCUCGAGGGAGAGGUCAGAGGGAGGCGGCAGGCGGCAGCAGAACAUAAAUGA